CAUGGGUAGGAGCCCUCUCAAUGGGCAUGAUCUUCUUCUGUUCUCCCAUUGUGAGUAUAUUUACUGAUCGUUUGGGCUGCCGAAUCACAGCAACUGCAGGGGCUGCCGUCGCUUUCAUUGGCCUCCAUACCAGCUCUUUCACCAGCUCACUAAGCCUGCGUUACUUCACCUAUGGGAUUCUCUUUGGUUGUGGCUGUUCCUUCGCCUUUCAGCCAUCUCUCGUCAUCCUGGGCCACUACUUCCAACGUCGUCUGGGUCUGGCCAAUGGUGUAGUGUCUGCUGGGAGUAGCAUCUUCUCCAUAUCCUUCCCCCUUCUCAUCAAAAUGCUGGGGGCUAAGAUAAAGCUUGCCCAAACCUUCCAGGUGCUGAGUACCUUCAUGUUUAUUCUUACGCUGCUUUCCCUCACCUACCGGCCCCUCCUGCCCAGCUCUCAAGACACCCCAAGCAAGAGAGGUGUCCACACCCUGUGCCAAUGCUUUCUGGCUCAACUCAGGAAGUACUUCAACAUGCGAGUGUUCCGUCAACGUACCUACCGCAUCUGGGCCUUUGGGAUUGCUGCUGCUGCCCUUGGUUACUUCGUUCCCUACGUACACCUGAUGAAGUAUGUGGAAGAGGAGUUCUUGGAAAUCAAGCAGACCUGGGUGCUCUUGGUGUGUAUUGGGGCUACCUCAGGCCUCGGGCGCCUUGUAUCAGGCCGUGUCAGUGACUCCAUUCCUGGACUUAAGAAGAUCUACUUGCAGGUCAUCUCCUUCCUGCUCUUGGGCCUGAUGUCCAUGAUGAUUCCCCUGUGCAGGGGCUUCGGAGGCCUCAUCGUUGUCUGCCUUUUCCUGGGCCUUUGCGAUGGCUUCUUCAUCACCAUCAUGGCCCCCAUCGCAUUUGAACUGGUGGGCCCAAUGCAGGCCUCGCAGGCUAUUGGCUACCUCCUGGGCAUGAUGGCCCUGCCAAUGAUUGCUGGGCCCCCCAUUGCAGGCCUCCUCCGAAACUGUUUUGGGGACUACCAUGUGGCCUUCUACUUUGCUGGUGUGCCCCCAAUAAUUGGAGCUGUAAUCCUCUUCUUUGUCCCUCUGAUGCAUCAAAGGAUGUUCAAGGAAGAGCAAAGGGAUUCCAGCAAGGACAAGAUGUUGGCCCCUGACCCAGACCCCAGUGGGGCGGUGCUACCGGGCUCUCCCACCCCUGAGGAACCAAUCUAAUGCCAAUUGCUUGUGACUGUGUGAUCCUCUCCAACCCCUUUCCUUCACCCCACACUGCUCAGCAUUUACAUUUUUGCCACCAGCACACUUGUUCCCAAACCUUGUGCACACUGCAUUUCAGCCACCUGACCAUCCCUUUGGAGCUAAAGUUCCAGGUGUUCCAAACUCAUUAAUCAAAUUCUCUUCAUGAACGCCUUUAAACUUGCCAGGGUUCUUCUCCUUCAAUGAUCUAGUAAAGCUUGGGAUCACCCCCCUGGCUUUUGGAACCUCUCCCUAUAUCUUCUAACACUUGGGGGUGGGGGGUAUGGGAUCUCUUGGCCCAAGCCUGUUAGUCAUCCACUAGAAGCAACUCUAAAAGGUGCUAUUGUGUCCCCAGGAGCCUGGUGGGAAGACCCAUGCCUCUGUGUGCUGAGGAGCUUCUUGCCAUCUGACCUUAGAAGCUGCUGGUGAAGGGGGCUGGAGGAAGGGCAGAGAGUAAAAUGGAGCAACAAGCCUUAUUUAGCCUCAGAGUCUAUGACUUCCCAAGAACUGUGGGUGCUGUUAGUUUAAAAGUGUACAGAUAGUUUCCCCAUCAUCUGGUUGGUUACAGUCUGAUUCCUUCUUCCCUUUUUCCUUCUUUCCCCUAUACUUGCUCCUCAUUUUUCUUUUUUCUCUAUUUCUUUUUAUGGCUGUCAUAGACACACAGGUGCUUAAAGAAAGAAGGGACCCAGAGCUUGAGCCAAUCAGCCUUACCUUGGUCUAGCCCCUCCCUAAUAGUAGCAUCAGUCACACUCAUCUCAUGCUGAGCCACACCUCACCUUUUGGGUCAAGCUGCUAUAAUCAUAGACUGGAAGAGUAGAAUAUCACAUAGGGAAGGGGCCUUAAACAACACUCACUGAUUUUUAUAGAUUUCCCAAGCCAGUGCUUAACCUGCAGGCCUUCCCAAGCUCCCCAUCCUUUUAUCUGUCAAAGUGUGAAGCAAUCCCUUUCCUCUCAGCAGUCAGAGGAGGCCUGGGGAGAGGCAACUCAACUUGCUGAAGUACCAUCUCUUCUAUCAUUAUUCAUGACAGAUCUAUAUUUCCACCUCGGCUAGGCCAGGAAUGGGAAUGUUUUGGGAAAAAUCCAAUUCCUAACCUGGAUCCCCAAAAGGUAGAGGCAGCAGCUACACAAAGGGUUGAACAGUUUCUUUUAAGAAAUUGAAACCUUACUAGCCUUUACCAACCAAUGUGUCCCUCAUGCUGUGCAUACUGGGCCACUCUGAUUAGUGGACAUUAAAGUUGCUAGGAAAGGUUAACUCUGGACUACAUUUACCCCUCUAAAAUAGGUGCCAGAUGAUUCCCUAUACUCAGACUGUGCAACAGUCUUGCUGAGGAGCAUUCACAACUCACCUCAUUAGGAGUUCAACCUCUCUCCUCACUCAGCCUCUGUAUCUCUUUCUCCCAAUUCUGGGCCUUGGUCUGUUGUGUCCCUAUUACCUAAACUUUUUCUCAUCUUCUUGCAAGGCAUCUUUGACUGUCACUUGGAGCUAACAGUAACUUGCCACCUCAAGCCAGGGCCAGGAGGAUGAGAUUGCUGUUUGGGGGCUCCCAAGAAGACAGUGACCCCUACCCAUGAGUUUUUCCAUUAAAAAUAGGCAGCUGGGGCAUUGUUGGCUUAUGAUGGCCUCAAUGCCUUGAUCCCCUUCCACUGGUCCCGGUUCAGCUCUUAUCAAUUACUCAAAGGAAAACACACUGGUUUCUUGGCUCUGUGGGUAGGAAGGGGCUUAAUUACUAUCCUAUCAGUUCAAACAGCAGUGGCACAGGAGGAGAGACCACUGAAAAUGUUGGAUCAACAAAGUCCCUGCUUCCAUUCCUCCCUGCCCCUCCCAACACCAAAUCACUUGUGGGCAGUUCUGCAGGGUCUCCUUUGUUGCACCUGGUGUGAAGAGAUCUUAAGAAUCUGGCUACCACUCACUUCUCUCCAGAGGAAGGAAUGUCAUUCACAGAUCAAAAAUCUACCUUAUCAGGUGUCACAUAACAUUGUAGGGUGUCAAUUCUUCCACACAUGUGCAUGUGCAUGUGUGGGCUUGUGUGCUUAUGGAGAGAAUGUUGGUUGGUGAAAACAGCAUAGUAUUAAUGUUUAGGGUAGGAUGAAUCCAUAGUCAAAUCUAGAAGAAUGAACAAAAUUUGGGAGCUUGAAACCUGACACAUUAAAUCCAAAAAAAGUUUGGAACAAAAUAAAUAACUAAAAAUCUA